AAUGCUAAAAUCGGCGUCAUCGUUGGUGCGAAGUUUCAUAAGGCCGCAGACAUUCAGGUUAUGUAGCUCCAGUUCAACCACGCAGGGAUCUCCUUCGGUUAGCUCUGACGAUGAGCCCGUAAUUUUGGAGAAUAAUCCAUACACAAAAGAGCCACGGAAGUGCCUCUUGUGCUCAACUGGUGUUGAACUCGAUUACAAAAAUUCGAGACUUUUGCAGCAAUUUGUUUCCACAUUCUCUGGGCGUGUAUACGAUCGUCACAUCACUGGACUUUGCGACGAGAACAAGAAGAAGCUGAUUGAAGCAAUCGCGAAAUCGCGUCGUGCCGGGUUCAUGCCAAUCUUCGUAAAGGAUCCAAAGUACACCAGAGACCCGAAAUUGUUCGACCCGCUCAAACCAAUUCGACCACAUUCGUUUGCUUAAAAUAUUUUGUUUUUUUAAAAUUACUAUUACUGUUUGUUUUUAUUUUUAGAAUAUAAAAUUUU